GAGCAUUGCACAACGCAGUAAUGGGAACUGCUGUCACUGCUAGAGAAGGGAGGCUUGUUUGCAUUUUAUAGCCUCACUCAGCUGCCAGAAUACAAGAGAAAACAGAUGGUAGAUCGUAUGGUGCCUCUGUAAUGUAUACAUGACAACAACAAAUGCAGUGAACUCGAGAGUGACGAUCUCAAAACUGCCCUUGUGAAGAGAGACGAUUUCUCAUCAGGCACCAGCAGCCGGAGCACCAAGCUCAUUCACGGAGGAGUCCGAUAUCUACAGAAAGCCAUCAUGAAAUUGGAUUACAAACAGGACAACACAACGAUGCUCGAAUGAACCUCGCCAUCGCCCUCACUGCUGCCAGGUAUGGGGCUGCCAUAGCCAAUUACACUGAAGUGGUGCACCUACUGAAGAGGGCAGACCCUCAGACGGGGAAGGAGAGGGUCUACGGAGCUCACUGCAGGGAUGUGAUCACAGGGCAGGAAUUUGAUGUCAGAGCCAAAUGUGUUAUCAAUGCCACGGGACCUUUUACAGACGCGCUGCGGAAAAUGGAUGAUCAGAAGAACCCCGACAUCUGUCAGCCCAGUGCUGGGGUGCACAUCGUCAUCCUGGGCUAUUACAGUCUUGACGAACACGGAGCUCCUGGAUCCCGUCACGUCAUCUCCUUACUGGGAAAGGAUGCCCAAAUACACCCACACGGAGCAAGAGAUCCUGAUGGAAGUCAACGACUGUCCAGCUGCCUCAGCCGCGACAUAGGAGACAGGAGAGGAGAUGUCUCGGCACCCUGGAGUGUUUUUUGUCCCCGAGUCAUAAAGCCUAACUCCAAGGACGCUGUCAAUCUGCAGGAACAAUGUCGACAUCAGUGACAUUGAACUGGUGACCAUUUCAUGUCUGUCUAACUAUAUGCGUUAACACAUUAUCUAAAAGACUACUAUUGUUUCAAAUUUAACAAUAGAAGACACAAUCAGUGUAAUUGCUUGGAAAACACACCCAGUAUUGGCUCAGAGUGUUUUAUUGGUUUUCUUUCUUGGUCAAACUUCAGAGCACUGAAACAAUCUUGGCUGACUUUACAUUCUACUUACUAAACUUGGGACCAGUUUAAGACACACUCAGUAAUUGUAUUAACCAUCACAACAUGUUGCUGUUGCUGCAGAUAAUGUAUGGUCAUAUGUUA